AUGCCACAUAGUAAAUCAAGCGCACUGUCACUGACGUGUUUAUUCACUCUUUUGUUAUUCUCCCUAUGGACGCUUCAUUUUAUCAGUUUACCAGGUGCAGAAGCCGCAGCUACAUGCAUUCCAUCACCGAACUGCACAGAGUGCACAUGUGUGGGUUUACCGGGCCCCAAGGGUGACCCUGGGGUACGAGGACAUACCGGCCAGCCGGGUGCAGUGGGACCUCGUGGUCUGCCGGGAAUGAGAGGACCAGACGGAAUCAAAGGCAUACCAGGUGUUCCAGGCGAUCCUGGUCCCAAGGGUAUUGCUGGAGAUAAAGGCGUACCAGGAGUUCCGGGAGUUGAUGGACUGAAGGGCGCACCGGGCAUCAAAGGACCAAAAGGCUACCCUGGACUUGAGGGCUGCUGCGGAGCUAAGGGUCCCAAAGGUUUGAAAGGACUUCCAGGUAGCUACGGUUAUGACGGCCUUAUUGGUGACAAAGGAGUAAAAGGUGUGAAGGGUGAAAAGGGCGACCCGGCGCCACUGGAUUCCAGAGAUGGGAUUGGCCUAAUGGGUCUGAAGGGUGAAAAGGGAGUACAAGGUCCGAAAGGCUACCGCGGUGAGCCAGGGUCCAAAGGGGAACCUGGAUUUCCUGGCCCUCAAGGCUAUGAUGGCCCUAAAGGCGAACGAGGAGACACCGGUCCAAAGGGUCCUAAAGGGGAGUCGCCGAAGCCAAUAGUAUUGCCUUACGCUGAACCUGGUGAGAAAGGCUUCAAAGGUGAGAAGGGAACUUCUUAUGACGAGUCUGUUCUCAUCAAGGGACAAAUGGUUGGGAUGAAAGGAAUCAUGGGCCAACCAGGCCCACGAGGGGACCCGGGCGACGCUGGUGAGAAAGGUCGACGUGGUACAGCUGGAUUCAAAGGUGUCAGUGGUGCUCCUGGUGAACCGGGCGAGCCAGGUAUUAUGGGUAAAUACGGAAAACCUGGCGCACCAGGUCUUCCGGGAGUAUCUGGUAGGCCGGGUGAAGAUGGACUGCCUGGUCCGAAAGGUUUACAGGGCUAUCCGGGACCCAAAGGAGACAAAGGCUACCCAGGCAGUCCAGGGCCCAAAGGUGAAAAAGGUGCCAAAGGUGAAACAACGGAUGUAGAAGCAAUGCCAGGUCCUGAUGGUGACGUGGGUGACCCGGGAGCAACCGGACCACCGGGAGAUCCAGGUCCUUUUGGACCAAAGGGAAUUACUGGAGACCCAGGAGAACGCGGUGACCCAGGGCCAAAGGGACAGCGGGGUAUUGGUUACAUGGACGCGAUUUUGGGCGAACCAGGACGAAAAGGAGAAAAAGGAUUGCCUGGACUGGAUGGGAAACGUGGUAAACAAGGUGGCCCAGGCUCCCCUGGGCGCAAGGGGGAGAAAGGUUUUCCUGGCAGGGAUGCAUUUGGCGAGAAGGGAGAAAAAGGAGCUCGAGGAUUCCCUGGGCCAGCCGGAGCACCGGGUGAAAGAGGAUUGCCUGGUACUCCAGGCCUGAUUGGUGAUCCGGGGGAUCAAGGCCCAACAAUCGACGGGCCACCGGGACCAAAGGGCGUGAAGGGAUUGCCGGGGCUAUCUGGACUUCGAGGUCGAGAUGGUGAUCCAGGACCUCCAGGACCAAAAGGGGACUGCGUUGUUUGUCCAGAUGGGCGGCCAGGUUUACCUGGACCAAAAGGGUUCCAGGGGCCUCCAGGACCUGCGGGUCUACCAGGUCUGGAUGGUUCACCUGGCCAAAAGGGUCUUAUUGGUCCUCAAGGUCGAGAUGGCCUGCCGGGCUUCCCUGGGAUGAAAGGAGAGAAAGGUGAACAGGGUAGUGAUGGACCACGCGGACCGAAAGGCGAUCCGGGUCCCGUGGAGUUUGUGAAUGCCACCGUUCCAGAAGCACCGCGCGGAGAAAUCGGCAUUCCAGGUAGGGCAGGAGUUGUUGGUGAGCCCGGACCUAAAGGAUAUCCAGGACCGAAAGGUAUGCCUGGACCGAUUGGAGCGAAAGGACAACCCGGAUUACCCGGUUUACCAGGUUUCAGUGGUCCGGCAGGUCUUCCGGGACGUCGGGGUGAACCCGGCCCACCUGGUCGGGUGUUUGAUGCGCGCAAAGGUGCUCCUGGGGUGCCUGGUCGAGACGGAAUGAAGGGGGUGAAGGGUGAACCCGGAGAUCCCGGUCUGGACAGCGUGAUUGACCAAUUGUUCGAAUACAUCAAGGGAGAGCGUGGCCCUAAAGGAUUCCCAGGAGACAAAGGUCUAUCUGGGUUUCCCGGAGAACAAGGUCGUGAGGGUGAAAAAGGUCUGGCAGGUAUACCCGGUAAACAAGGGAAGCGCGGAGCACCAGGCUCAGCCGGAUUUCCUGGGGAAGUUGGAGAUAAAGGGUAUCCAGGACCGAAAGGAAUUAAAGGCCAGCCUGGCUAUGACGGUACAGAAGGGCGUAAGGGAGCGAAAGGACCUCUCGGGAUGAAAGGCUUUCCCGGGCCAAUCGGAGAUCAAGGAGAACGUGGAGCCCAGGGUUUCCCAGGAAGUUAUAGUAAAGGGCCCGCCGGACAACCGGGGGAACCGGGCAUACCUGGUGCUCCUGGGCGGAAGGGACUUCCCGGAAGAGCUGGUGCAAAAGGGGACCGUGGUCCGGAUGGAAUGCCAGGUGUUACUGGGCCAAAGGGUGAAAUAGGUGAUCGUGGAUCGAAAGGGGAACCGGGCGAACCUGGUGAUAUUCUGCAGGGACAAAAAGGCGAAAAAGGGCCUAAAGGUGAAAUUGGAGCUCCAGGGCCAGACGGACCAAAAGGUGACAGAGGACAAGACGUAACACCGACCCCGGAUAUGAAAGGACCAAGAGGACUGCCUGGACCUCAGGGACCAAUGGGAGCGAUGGGCCCAGAGGGUCCACCAGGUAACACAGGCCCACCAGGACCACCAGGCUUACCAGGGACUGAAGGUCAACCCGGAAGGAAAGGGGAACCUGGAUUACCAGGUAGACCAGGUCCUAAAGGACAACCCGGGCCGAUGGGUGACGAUGGCCUUGAAGGUCCUCGCGGGGAACCUGGGGAUGCUGGCCCACAGGGACCACCUGGACCUCAAGGGCUGAAAGGUAUUCAUGGGCCUCCGGGAGCAAAGGGUUACCCAGGACCACCAGGACAGAUCGGUCAGUAUAUUAAAGGAGAAAAAGGCAGUACGGGACUCAAAGGUGAAAGGGGCCAAAAAGGAAUUCGAGGUGAUCCAGGUGCGCCUGGACCCAAAGGACUUCCAGGCCCUGAAGGUACUGGCAUGAAGGGACAUAAAGGAGAAAAGGGUGUGAAGGGCACCCAGGCACCAGUAGGACCCAAAGGUCUCCCCGGAUUGGAUGGAAUAGACGGUGAACGCGGUGACACUGGUGGUCCUGGACCCAUGGGCGAAAAAGGGGAGCCAGGCCUCCCAGGAUCCGUUGGAAGGCCCGGGCGAAGUGGCACGGUUGGUGAGCCCGGAGAACCCGGUCCCAGGGGUCCGACCGGAUUGCCUGGGCCAAGCGGUGAGAAAGGUGAAAAAGGUGUCCCUGGGACAAUGGACGCAAUUCCACAUGCUGGGCUCAAGGGCGAGAAAGGGGAACCAGGCAUACAAGGAAUACCCGGUCCAAAGGGUGCCCUCGGACCUAAAGGAAUCGUUGGUCCCCCAGGCCCGAAAGGAAAACCAGGACCCCAGGGCCCACCGGGGCGUGAUGGACUACCUGGAUUCAAAGGCCAACCUGGGCCAAUAGGACCACGUGGACCCGAUGGUUUCCCCGGGCUCAAAGGCCAAAAGGGUGUUCCAGGUGCAAAAGGAGCAACUGGACCGGAAGGUCUUACUGGUGAUCGAGGCAUAACUGGAGAUCGUGGCGAAUCCGCUCAAUCUCCAACAGGCGAGAAGGGCGAACGUGGACCUGCUGGACCAAUGGGCCCUCCAGGGCCGAAAGGACAACCUGGUCAACCAGGUAUGCGAGGUGAAACAGGUCCAAUGGGUGAUGCCGGUCCGGAAUACGUUGGCGCUCCUGGACCAAAGGGACUUCCUGGUCCGUCUGGUCAACCUGGAUUGAUGGGUUUACGUGGACCGAAAGGCUUCAAAGGAGCGUACGCAGAACGUCCAGGUGAACCCGGUCCACCAGGCCCGGAUGGUCCACCCGGAUUCAAAGGUGAACCGGGUCCAAAGGGCUUCGAAGGCCCAAUAGGGAAAAAGGGUAUGCAAGGACUGAAGGGCGAGAUGGGAGAAGUUGGUGUGAAGGGGCUCCCUGGACGCCCGGGCGCCGCUGGUCUGAAAGGGCCUAAAGGAGUUUCUGGACCGACAGGUGAAAAAGGAUAUCCUGGAGAGAAGGGGGAUAUGGGUCUCCCUGGUCCACCGGGGGAUAAAGGAGAACCGGGUUUUGCGAGUUCUGGAGCGAAAGGUGACAAGGGGAUGCCUGGACCUCCUGGGAGACCAGGUGAGCAAGGUCGGCCAGGUUAUCAUGGUUCACCUGGAGCUCCUGGUCCUCGUGGUCUGCCUGGGGAUGAAGGUGAACCAGCAACUACCGGACCAAAAGGUUACCCAGGAAGACCAGGUGAGAAAGGAUAUGCGGGGCCUGAAGGACCCAAAGGUGACGGAGGUCCAGUCGGAGAACCCGGUAUCCCCGGCGAUGUCGGUGACACACGUGGCAACAUCGGACACUUGUUUACAGUACACAGCCAGACAGCACGUAUUCCUUCUUGUCCGUCAUCAACACGAAAACUGUGGGAGGGUUACUCCUUUUUGAGCAUGACUGGUUCCGAGAGAGCUCACGUCAAUGACCUCGCCAGUCCCGGUUCUUGUCUGCAACUGUUUAAUCCGAUUCCGUUCAUGUUCUGCGAGAAACAAGAAAAUUGCUACUACGCUCAACGAAAUGACCGAAGCUACUGGUUAAGCACGGAAGAAGAGCCAAUGAUGUGGAACCCUGUUCAAGCCAAUGAGACCCAAAGACACAUCAGCCGAUGUGUCGUUUGUGAAUCCCCAAGCAAGCUUUAUGCCUUCCACGCACAAACACUGGAGAUUCCCAAGUGCCCCGAUGGUUGGUCUACACUUUGGCCCGGAAACAGCUUCUUGAUGAAUACUGGAUACGGAGCUCAAGGUGGUGGGCAACAGUUGGCUUCUCCAGGAAGUUGUAUUCCCCACUUCCGUUCCCACAUGUUUAUCGAAUGCACUGCCAAGGGAUUGUGUGGAUUCUUUGAAGAGCAUAAAAACUUUUGGCUUCGGAUCAUGCCGAGUUCAAUGGACGAACACAUGUUCGGAAUGGUUAUGGGCACCGUGAUCAAAGUUCGAAGUAGUCUGGACUCAGUCAGCAAAUGUGUAGUGUGUAUGCGGACACAACCAAUGACCACGGUGUUUUACCUGCACUGA